CGCGUUGAAUAUUAAACAUUAAACGCGUUGAAUACAAUCAGUCUCGGGCCAUCCCAGCCUUCUUUUAAUAUUUCAGCCUUACUGUUAGUGUUUACACCAAAAAUACUAGUAAACACUAACAGUGGCUGUGCCCUGUGGCUUGGGUGGCUGGUAUCCACUAUAAAUACACGUUAUUACACCCAAUCCAACUACACGGGACAUAAAAGUGUAAUUGGGUGGAUUUAGAAAGUGGGUCUGGUGUAGUUGGAUUGGGUUGGAUGUAAUACACUUGGUGUACACCGGUGUAAUAGCGUGUAGUUGGUCCGAACCCUGCUUUAAAGUAUUUGCGGUAUGAUGACAGGCCGAGAACGGUCUGGGCAGAUGCCUUUUGCAUCAACCAGGAGGACUACGAGGAGCGAGCGAAGCAGGUUUUGAUGAUGGGCGACAUCUACCGACUCACACGUAGAGUUGUCGCUUUUGUCGGGCCAGAACAGGCAGAUAACGAUGUCGGGUUUGAUAUUUUCCAGCGGAUAGGAGACAGUGUCGAAGUCGAUUUUGGCUCUAGCAUUGUGAAGCCUUCGCCAAGUGGUGCUGCUAGUAACCCAGAGUGGGCCGAUAUGCAGCAAGAACUUGGGCUAAACAAGCAAGAGAUUUCGUCCAUCUAUAAUAUCAUACGCUAUGAAUGGUUUGAACGAUUGUGGAUCAGGCAAGAGAUCGGCCUUGGUGGAAGCGAAGGAGUCCUGCAGUAUGGCCAUAAACAGAUGAAGUGGGAGCAUUUCUGUAAAGCCAUAUUCAUCAUCAAGCGGAAGGCUAUAGCAGCCGAUGUAGUUGACGCUGCAGAGAUGGAACACUUCCGACAUUGCCUCGAAAAGGCUGACAAUGUUGCACUGUUCUCGAAAAGGGGGUUUCGCUUCUCAAAUCUCCGCCGGCAGCUUGGGGCGUCGAAGUGCAGUGAUCCGCGAGACCGUAUAUACGGCGUUAUGGGACAGCUUCGCGAAACGGAUCGUAUCGGCAUUGUGCCGGAUUACUCCAAAAGUGUCGCUGAGGCAUACACUGACGCGACCAGGAAGUAUAUACAGGAUUUCGGAAAGCUCUUGAUCUUGAGUCAGUGCGAGCUGCGUACUACAAUAACAACAACACCCAUACCGGGACUUCCAAGUUGGGUUCCGGAUUGGUCGACCGGUAUGGUCUCGUUGCCAAUCCACGCAGUCUUGCCGCCCCUUUUUGAUAUACUGCCCGCCUUUUCUGCUAUCGAUGACCACACCAUUCAAGCGUACGGUAUCCCAUGCGGUACUGUCGCUCGCAUCAUACACGUCUACGGGGGAGUACCACCGGAUGCUGGCCUUGAUGAUUUUGCCCAGGAAUUACGCAGGCUGCUCCUGGCCGCUGAAGAUGAUACCAUCAUGAGAAAGUCGCAUAGGUCCCGUGAACACAUUCUUGAAGCGUACACUCGCACCCUCUGGGUCGACAACCUAGGUGAUCGAUGGCUUCCGAAUGCGCUUCACGAACCCCUUUAUCUCAAGUGCCUCUCGCUAGUACACGCGCUUAUUGAGUCUGACAUGGCGUGGAAAGACAAGUCGCUUUUGCACCAAGCAGAAUUAAACCGAUAUCUCAACAGUGCGCAUAAUGCUUGUGCUGGUCGGGCUCUCUUUGUUACGGAGGAUGGCCAUAUUGGAUUGGCACCGGCCUCCAUUGCGCCAGAAGACGAAAUAUGCCUCCUAUUCACCUGUCCCAAGCCCAUAGCACUGCGUCCAGUCCCCAGCACACCAGGAGCUCCGAAAAUGAUGCAAUAUAAAGUGGUAGGCGAGAGUUAUCUUCACGACAUGAUGCUCGGCCAGGCUCUCCUCGGCGACCUUCCCGCGCAUCUCCGCGGACUACUGAAUGCCAAUGCAUUGAUGGGACUUCAUAGCGCCGGCUUCGUCGAUGUUCGGACAAACAGUAUCUCGCAAGAAGAUCCGAGGAUCCAGCCCUUUCUGUCUGGGCUGGUGGAAAGGGGGCUGUUGGAACAUCCUACGGUGGAAGAGUUGGGGGAAAGGGACGCUUUGGGGGUUUUGCAAGAGGCGGGAUACCCUGUGCAGAUGUUCGAUCUAGUUUAGAGGUAAGGUAGAUUAUUGUGUCGUUGCACGACCGCAGAUACAGAACCCUUCCGAUAAUCUCUGAUCAAGUACUUUGGCGGCGCAGCAGUUGACUUAGGUUAGGAUACAAAAACUAUCAUUGUGAUAAGAGUGAUGAGGGUUCAACCCUAAAUGCUAAGACAAAAGAGUCAAUGGUGGCAAAUUUCGAUUGAGAAAGCUAUGUGAAUGUCUUAGGCACUGCAGGUUGCAGGCAUCUAAAUACUAGGUGCUCCUGCUCCACGAAGUUACCAUCCCAUAGAACUAUCUCGCGACGACGCGACGACCUGAUGACCUGGGGGAGCGAAUCACGACUCGUGAGACACAGCCAGCCCCUAGCAGUCUAGUUCCAAAGAAGCAGCUUCAAACACAAUCUCCCAUGUUAAGCCCUUCCAUGCGACAUCGUUUACUUCGACUCAACAGAGUCUCCCUCGUCGGCGGAGGCAAGAAUACCGUAGAUGUAUUCAGCGGGCUUGGGGGCCGGCGCGGCAAGGCCGAUGGCUGCGAGAGCAAUGACGACGACGAAUGAGUAGUUCAUGGUGACUGAGGUGAUGAGUCUUGGGGGUUGACUAUUUG